CACGCGCGCUCGCCUGCAGACCCGGAAGCGGAUCGCGCGGAGCGACGGGCGCGCUCGGGAGAGGGAGUCUCCGUUUUUCUGGUUCGUGCCGCCGGCGCGCUCUUCAGGCCCCUCCUCCGCACCCAGUUUCGGGGGUCGCCUGGUAAGAAUAACCUUAUCUGAGAAAGAAGCCCAGAAGAAGAGGGAAAAAAGGAGGAAUGGCUCUUUCCCAGGGACAGGUGACCUUCAGGGAUGUGGCCAUAGAAUUCUCUGAGGAGGAGUGGGAGUGUCUGGACCCUGCUCAGAGGGCCUUGUACAGGGACGUGAUGGUGGAGAACUACAGGAACCUGGUCUCCCUGGGUGAGGAUAGUUUCCCUCCAGAAGUCGGAAGCCUUUCUGCUGGAUUUGCAAUCAAGGACUUAUCACCAAUAGAGGACAUUAAUAAAGGAGAAUUAUACCACUUAGUGAUACUGGAGAGAAAUGAAAGCCAUAGCCUCAAGGAUUUUGAUCUCAAGGAAGUCUGGGAAAAUAUGCAUGAGUUUGAGAGUCACUGGAGAUACGAUGCAAGAAAUUACAAAGAAGUGCCUUUGACACAUAACAAAAAUCUCAUUCAUAGAAAAGAUCAACAGCUUAAUAAAUCCUCAGUUACUUUUCCUCAAAAGCAGAGUAUUACUGUAAAAAAUAAUACAUACCAAUAUUUCAUGCAUGACGAGCCAUUUGUAAGGCAUUUGUUAAAACUGGAAAAUAACAUAAGUGGUCCUGGAAACUGGUACAUAAACUGUUUGGAAAAUAGAAUUGGAUUAAGUUUGCAGGGACACCUGGCUGAACUGCAGAGAUUUCAUACUGAGGAAAAAAUGUAUGAAUGUAAUCAAGUUGAGAAAUCUGUCAACAAUGGUUCCUCUGUUUCACCACUUCAGAGAAUUCCAUCUAGUAUCAAAAACAUUUGGAAUAAAUACAGGAAGAUUUUAAAAUAUCCUUUGUUACCUGCACAAUACAGAAGAGCAUACACUAGAGGAAAAUCUUACAACUGUAAUGACUGUGGGAAGGCUUUUAGCAAAAGUUCAAAUCUCAUGAGUCAUGAGAGAAUUCAUUCAGGACAGAGACCUUACAAAUGUAAUGAGUGUGGCAAAGCCUUUACAGAGCGUUCACAUCUUACUCAACAUAAGAAAAUCCAUACUGGAGAGAAACCUUACAAAUGUAAUGAGUGUGGCAAAGCCUUUAACCAGUGUUCGAACCUCACUAGACAUCAGAGAGUCCAUACAGGAGAGAAACCAUAUAAAUGUAACGUAUGUGGCAAGGUCUGUAGUCAAAAUUCAAACCUUGCAAAUCAUCAGAGAAUGCAUACUGGAGAGAAACCUUACAAAUGUAAUGAAUGUGGUAAGGCCUUUAUCCAACGUUCACACCUUUGGAGUCAUGAGAGAAUUCAUACUGGAGAGAAACCUUACAAAUGUAAUGAAUGCAGCAAAGCCUUUGCUGAACGUUCAGGCCUUACUCAGCAUAAGAAGAUCCAUACCGGAGAGAAACCUUACAAAUGUAAUGAGUGUGGCAAAGCUUUUAAGCAGUGCUCACACCUCAUUAGACAUCAGAAUACCCAUCCUGGAGAGAAACCACACAAAUGUAAGGUAUGUGGCAAGGCCUUUAUCCAAAGCUCUAGCCUUAUAGAACAUCAGAGAAUUCAUACAGGAGAAAAACCUUAUAAAUGUAAUAAAUGUGAUAAGGCUUUUAUCAGACGGUCACACCUAUGGGGUCAUGAGAGAACUCAUACUGGAGAGAAACCUUAUGAAUGUAUUGAGUGUGGCAAAGCCUUUGCUGAGCGUUCAAAUCUUACUCAACAUAGAAAAAUCCAUACUGGAGAGAAACCUUACAAAUGUAAUGAGUGUGGCAAAGCUUUUACCCAAUUUGCAAACCUUACUAGGCAUCAGAAAAUACACACUGGAGAGAAACCACACAAAUGUGAUGUUUGUGACAAGGCUUUUAUCCAAAGUUCAAGCCUUAUGGAACAUCAAAGAAUUCACACAGGAGAAAAACCUUAUAAAUGUAAUAAAUGUGAUAAGGCUUUUAUUAAACGUUCUCACCUUUGGGGUCAUGAGAGAACUCAUACUGGAGAGAAACCUUAUAAAUGUAAUGAGUGUGGCAAAGCCUUUACGGAGCGUUCACAUCUUACUCAGCAUAAGAAAAUCCACACCGGAGAGAAACCUUAUACAUGUAAUGAGUGUGGCAAAGCUUUUACCCAGUUUGCAAAACUUAACAGGCAUCAGAAAAUACAUGGUGAAAAGAAACAUUAUAAAUCUAGUAUGUGUGGCAGUGGUUUUAUUCAAAGCUCAAGCUUUGGGGAUCAUCAAAGAACUCACAGUAGCAAGAAACCUUACAAAUAAAAUGAUUAAGCAAGUGUUCAAGCCUUAUUCAACAUCAGAAUUCCAUUAUGGAGAGGAACCAUAUGAAACUAAUGUGGCAAAGCCUGUAACCAGGGGUUUACACCUCUCUUGAUAUCAGAAUAUAAAUCUCUAAAAGAAAGCACACAAAUGUAAUGUAUGGCAAGGCUUAUCCAAAGUUUAUACGUUGUGGAACAUAACAGUUCUUACUAGAUAGAAACCUUACAAAUGUAGUGAGUGUGAUCAGCUUUAUAAAAAAUGUACAACUUGGGGGGUGGGGAUAGGGGAAUGUGAUUAAGAGGUACAAAUUUCCAGUGAUUAAAAAAAAAAAGUACAACUUUGUGGUCAUGAAAGAAUUCAUAUGAGAUGGAAACCAUAUAAAUGUGUCAAGGUCCUUACCUCAGGAAACACCAAAGAAUUCAUACUGGACAGAAACAUUACAAAUAUAAUGAAGGUGAUAAUUUAUUUAGCCAAUUCUCUCAAUGGACUACAAUAAGAAAAUUCAUACUAGGGGAAGUAAGUCUAUUUUGAGAAUUAACCAAUCUUAGAUGUUAAAUUCCACAGAAAAUUUAAAUUAUUUAAAACUGAUGAGAUGAUGUGUAUCAGUAGAACAAGGAUAUCUGUGGAAAGACCUACUAAUUAUCUUCAGCUUACCAUUUUUAAAGAUAUUUUAAGUAAUAUCAACACCCAAUGUGGAAUUCAAACUCACAACCCCAAGAUCAAGAGUUGCAUGCUUUUCUGACUGAGCCAGCCAGAAGUCACUGUAAAUUUUUUUUACUCAAUUACUUGAGGUUUCCUGAGGCUGCAUUAUUAUUGAUGACUUACAACCUGAAGUUUGGGACCCACUGAUGUUAUACUUUAAUUACAUGCAUUUCAUGUGUCACCAUAAUGGUCUCAGAAGGGAUCAGUAAGGUGAAAGGACCUAGUUCAUUAGCUGGGGCUUAUUCAUACCUAUGUAACCUGGAAAAACUAGGACACUAAUUUUAAGAUACAGUAGGGUGUAAGUUUGAGAGCAUAGGGAGUGGCAGGGAAUAGUGUAAAACUGUUAUCUAAAUUGCCAUGUUUUCUGUGAUCACAGCCUCUUCUCUAGAUUUGUUGGUAUGACUGAGGGCCUUUGUUGAUGAUGAUUACAGGAAAGGAUGAUGAUGAAACAGUAGGCCAGGACAUUGAGAGAAUGAGACUUUCAUGUGAGUAGAAGGACAGGUUACUAGGGAUGGCAUAUGUGGUAGAAAAAAUGGAGGGGGAAUGAUGAUCUCUCCCUCUUUUGAAAGGUAAUAGUUGUGUAUCACAGAUUAGUAGAAAUUAGUCUUAUUUUUGGAAACUGAAGAGAAAGUUCUAGAGGACAUUUUAAUCAAAAGAACCAGAGUAGUAUGCUUGUGAAGGAUUCAAAUUUGGCCACUGAAAUUGUGUUUUGAUACCAUUUUAUUUAGGAUAUUAUAAAUUCUCAUAUCUAAAUAAGUAAAAUAGAAACCUUUUUUUGUAACACUGAAUGAACCACGUGCCUUUUAUUAGCCCAAGUGUAUCCCACACCUCAUUGGGGCAUUUCAUAAUGAACACUAAUAAUACAUCCUUGGGCUCCAUAGGUUGAAUGUCAUCCCUAACAACUUUUUUCCAUGUUAGAUUCACACAACUUACAGUCUUGGAAAUUCAUAUUCAUAAUUUCAACUUGAAAGUUACACAAUUUCAAACUCUCACCCUCUAAAACCUGCCUCCCUGUUCAUGAACACACACUGUAUGAUGAUUACAUUUCUACAUGCCUUUCUUUUGUGCUGAAAUGAGACCCAUGGGUUGCACCUUUACAUUAAAUGAAAAUAGAAAAAUAGUAAGCAUAUGAAAAGUAUUAGGAAAUAAAAUGUCGGAAAUAAGGAUAAAGAUAAUCUCUUUUGUGCUGGAGUGCUCAGGGAAAUAAGUUGAAAAGAUCAGUGUUCGUUGAGUUUACUCUCAAGAACAAAUAUUGACACAAUGGGAAUCUUUUGAUAACUAGCAAUCUCCGAUAUUUACCCUCUAAAACAUUUUUUGCUAGUUUGCACUUGUGCUUACUUUGCUGGAAGAGGAUGUUUGGAUGUCAUGAAUGAGGACUUCAUACAAUAAAGUGUUACGAGAACGUUUAUUACAUAAUGAUGCUUUCUGGGGAGAGCAGGAUAGACCUCCUCAGGUUGUUCUAAAAAUGGCUAGAGAACGCAGGGAAUGAUGACUGGUUUGUUAUGAUGGUUACUAUGUGGGGCUGGGGUGAUGGCACUCACUUACGGUGUGCACUUUCAACUAAUGCCAAGGGAAGGGGCACUUGGGCUUUAUUAGCUUGCCUUGCCCAGAUGGGCAGCAUAGUAAGAGGUUAUAAUGAGGCUUAACAGGUAUUGUUCGUCAGACAUCAGAAAUGGAGUCAGACUAACUGAAUGUUUACUCCUGACUUGGUAGGGAAAAGACCACAAUCUUCCUUAUGCUAACACACUACCUUCAUUUCCCUGGUACACAUACAGACCCCGCUGCACAAUAUGAUUGUUGAAAAUGGUGAAAUACUGUUUAGAUAAAUUAUCUAAGGUAUUUUUAAUAAACUUAAUGAUGUCACAAUUAUAUUGCUAUUAAGUUACAGUCUAAUAUUAAAAUAUAUGUGGAAAAAUAGAUGUGGAAGUGAUAGAAUAUGUCCCAACUACAAGCCUGUUGUAGAUCUCUCACUUUAAGGUAGAAUGGAAUGAAUGGAAUCUCAAAAUCAGUCCUUUCAUUUCUCUACCAAGAUACUAGAAUCAGAAUAUCUGUAUUGAAACUUGGCAAAUUAUUUUAGUUUUAGGUUCAGAUAAAUAAAUUAACUUAAAUUUCAAAGGAAAUAAAUCUUUAAGUUAGAAAAUGCUGAACUAGUAAUUGUUGAAUCUCAUUUGGAACACCUAUCAAGUCAUGGGUUGCACAGAACAUACUCAGGAUAAAGAACAAAGUUCGCUGAUAAAAUCUGUCUCUCCCCACAGUUACCCUUGACUACCUUGUCAUUUAAUAUUAAUAAGGGGUAUUUUUAAUUUGGUCUGCAAAAUGUUUUCUCUAACACCUUUUUCUUUUACCUUCUGUUGUUUAGGCGUGAAUAUGAAAUUUGAAAAAUCCCUAAUAUCCUUAUUAAAAUUGCAUUAUUAAAAUUUCUAGCUGAUUGGAAAAACUUACUGGGAUUAUCAUUUCCAUGUAAGCAAGACAAAACCUAAUGAUGAAAAGGGCUUUGCCCCUCACCAUUCACCCUUGGUCAUACAGUGGCUGUCCUGCUGUAAGGAGAGAGGGCUGCUAACGGAGGUAGAGCAGGCAGAGAACUGCCCAGGGGACCUGUCACAUCCAGCACUACAACGAACACUACAACUCUGGGCUUCCUGUUACUUGGGAAAUGAUAAACCACCUACUUGUCUCAGCCACUGUUUUCCAGGAGGUCUGUCACUCAAAAACUGUCCUACCUGACAAAUAAGAUUCAUAUUUUGUAUUGAGAGUAGAAUGGAACAUUUGAGAGGGGUUCCUGAAUUUAAAAUUUUGUAGCUUAGAAAAGCUUUAUUAAAACAUCCCUUCAGGGGCGCCUAGGUGGCUCAGUCAGUUAAGCGUCUGGCUUUUGAUUUUGGCUCAGGUUAUGAUCUCAGGGUCACGAGACAGAGUCCCACAUCGGGCUCUGCACUCAUCGGGGAGUGUGCCCAAGAUUCGCCCCCUCUCUCUGCCCUUCCCCCCCUCAAAUAAACAAAUCUUAAAAAAAAAAAAAAACCUUCACUGAUGAGUUAGAGCUGUUUGGAACGUGUUGCCUAAAAUUCACAAUGUGAACAAAAUAUAGCAUGAGAAUUUAUGACAAAAUGUUCAGAACACUAAGAAAGUUACAGGAAUAGGGAAUUUGGCUCCACAAACAAAAUUACAUGUUUACUUAUAUUCCAUAAGGGAUAAGUCUAUAAGCAUAAAAUAUGAUAAUGCAAAGUUCAUAAGUAUGUUCAUGUACAGUGAUAGACUUGUAGGGUUUCCUAAUUUAAACAGUUUUCUGGCAAUGCCCAUAUGAUGAGGUGAUAUCUGAGCAGAAUCACUGAAAAUGUAUCAUGCAAAUACAAAUAAGGGCAAAUGGGUAGAGGAAACAGAAGGAGAAGAUUGUCAGAAUGGGAACAUAUUUACCGCAAUUAGUAUGUGGCUUGGUGAAAUAUUAAGUUUCUACUGGAGACAUUUAAAAUCUGGGACUCCUUAGAGUUACAAUUUAAAAAAUUUUAACAAAAUUCCCCAGAGUACAUAAGAUGAUAUGUAAUAGAUCCAAAAUAAUGAUGACCUGUUUGGAGAAUGCACAUAUUUCUUUAUGGUAGCCUUACCAUUACCAAGAGAACGCAGGGGUGGGGUGGGGUAAUGAAUUAAAGGAAAGAUAGUAAAUACCAUUUGUCAAAACUAUCUGACAGGACGGGUCGCCUGGGUGGCUCAGUCAUUAAGCGUCUGCCUUCAGCUCAGGUCAUGAUCCCAGGGUCCUGGGAUCGAGCCCCGCAUCGAGUCCCGCAUCGGGCUCCCUGCUCGGCGGCAAGCCUGCUUCUCCCUCUCCCACUCCCCCUGCUUGCGUUCUCUCUCUCGCUGUCAAAUAAAUAAAAUCUUAAAAAAAAAAACACAGAGGUUUGAUCCCAGGACUUCUUAAGAUACACACUUUUCCUUUUGUCUACACCCCUGUAGCCAGCCAGGGGUAUAUUGCUACUUCCACUUAUGAAUGUGUAUCAAGUAAAACUGGUGGGUCUUUUACACCUCAGUUAUAUCUUAAUGCCCGUAUCAUAAAUUUUUUUUACCAUAUAAUAAAAUAUUAUACUUUGAAACUGAAUAGUAACAAAACACAUAUUUCAUAUGUUUUCCUCAUGAGUACAAGACCUACUGACUCCCAUUUAUUCCUAGUUUUACUCUUCAAAUUGAGACCAGUCUUGUGUUACCAGUGCCUAAUAUUUGACUACAAAAUUGACUUUUCAGUUAUGUUUCAGAUACCAAAUUUUAUACUAAUUCAGAUGUGAUGAGAAUGUGACUGUGUGUGCAAGGUUGGCAAACUUUUUAUGUAAGGAACAGAUAGUAAAUAUUUUAUUCUUUGUAGGCCAUACUGUUUCUGUUACAGCUAUUCCAAUAUGUCCUUGUUGGAUCAAAAGUACCUAAAUAUAGGUGUGGCUGCAUUCCUAUUAUACUUCAUCUAAAAACAGAUGGUAGGCUGUAUUUGGCUCAUGUUCUGUAGGUUGGAGACUCCUGAUCUACACAAAGGAAUUAAGAGCACCAGAAUAAGUACAUGUGUAAAUUAAAAAUGACUUCCUAUUUGCAAAUCUCUUUAAAAUACAGUGGGCUGUUUAAGAAACUAACAGUCUAGUACAUAUGUUUAUAGCAUAUGUAAUAGUAAACCUAUAAUAAUGAUAGCAAAGGGCAGGAGUGGAGAAAUGGAAGCACACAUGGAAAGGAAGGGUCUGAUGCUCUAUAUGAGUUAAGUGUCAAGUCACAUGAAGGUAGACUGGUAAGUUGUGUAGUACAACCCCUGAAGCAAGCACUUAAAAAACAGCUAUAGCUAACACCAGUAAACCAAAAAAGGUUUCAAAUAAAACCAUUUCUAAAAAUUCAGUUAUUUCAAAGAAGAGAGAAAAAGGGGAAAGAACAAAGGAGACAUGAUGAAACCAAUAGCAAGAUAAUUUAAAUCUAUAUAAUAUCUGUAAAAGGAAAUGGUCUAAAGACCCCAAUGAAAAGCUAAAAUUGUCAACUGUAAUUUUCAAAGACCGACAACAAUAUGUUUCCUACAAGAAAUUCAGUUCAAAAAUUAAAGGACACGGGGCGGAGCAAGAUGGCAGAGGAAUAGGAGACCUGGAUUUCGUCUGGUCUCAGGAAGUCAGCUGGAUAGGGAUCAAACCAAUCUGAACACUUACGAACUCAACAGGAGAUCGAAGAAAAGAAGAACAACAACUCUCUGAACAGAAAAGCAACCACUUUCUGGAAGGUAGGACGUGCGGAGAAGUGAAUCCGAGGCGAUAUUCAGGAGGAUAGAUGGCGGGGGAGGGGCCUCCGUCAGCCGCUUCUGGCAAGUGACAGAGCCAGGGAGCACAGAAUCGGAACUUUUCGAAGUCGGCUCCGCUGAGGGACGUCACUCCGGUGGCUAAGCGGGGGGUGGAACCCUCGUGGGACAGUGUGGUCUUAGGACCCUUGGGGUCACAGAAAGACUGGGAGUACCUGAGUGCAGCAGAGCUCCCAGGUAUCGGAGCAGGGAAGCGGCUGCAGAGGCAGAGCCCAGGCGCGGGCUCUCAGCUUGGGGUUGUCAUAAACCGUGAUCCGCGGCACAGUCGGGCCCCUGCUCCUCCAGCAGGGACCCAACAAGCGGCAGAUCCGGGGAGACUCCCCUUCCUCUCCCGGGAGGAGCGGUGUGGGAGCGCACCGCAGGGAUCUGCUGGGUUUGGAGACUCCACCCAGGGUCGGGUGCCAGAGAUAGAAACACGCGGUCACAGGCUGGGUGAGCACGGAGUGUGGCCGGAGACCGGGGAGACGGGAGGGACUGGCGGCUUUUCUCUGGGUGCUCACUGAGGAGUGGGCCCCGAGUUCUCGGCUCCUCCAAGGCAGAGAUUGGGAGGCCGCCAUUUUCACUCUCGGCCUCCAAAGUGGUACGGAAAGUUCGCAGGGAACAAAAGUUCUGGAGAGCAACCCGAGCAGAUUACUUAGCCCGGACCGGGCAAGGGCGGGGCAAUUCCGCCUCCGGCAAAGACACUUGGGAACCACGGCAACAGGCCCCUCCCCCAGAAGAUCAGUGAGAACAGCCGGCCAAGACCAAGUUAACCAAUCAAUGAGAAUGGCAGAACUCCAGCACUAGGGGAAUACUGCACAUAGAAUUCAUGGCUUUUUCCCCAUGAUUCUUUAGUCUUUCAAAGUUAAUUUUUUUUAAACUUUUUUUAAAUUUUUCUUUUUCCCUUUUUCAACCAACAUCUUAUCAA